GAGUAGGGCGGGGCGGGCGGCAAACGCAGCACUUUCUGCGGCUUUGACGAGCUCGCGGCAGCCGGCCCGAGAGCUUAGCGGGUAUGAGACUGCGCCAUGCAGGAAGCUUCAGCCGCGCUGCCCACGGAGCCGGGCCCCAGCCCCGUGCCCGCCUUCCUCGGCAAGUUGUGGGCGCUGGUGGGCGACCCGGGCACCGACCACCUGAUCCGCUGGAGCCCGAGCGGGACCAGUUUCCUCGUAAGCGACCAGAGCCGCUUCGCCAAGGAAGUGCUGCCCCAAUACUUCAAGCACAGCAACAUGGCGAGCUUUGUGCGGCAACUCAACAUGUAUGGCUUCCGGAAGGUAGUGAGCAUCGAACAGGGCGGCCUGCUCAGGCCUGAGCGCGACUACGUUGAGUUCCAGCACCCAAGCUUCGUGCGCGGCCGUGAGCAACUACUGGAACGCGUGCGGCGCAAGGUGCCUGCGCUGCGCAGCGAUGACGGCCGCUGGCGCCCGGAGGACCUGGGCCGGCUGCUGGGAGAGGUGCACUCUUUGCGCGGAGUGCAAGAGAGCACCGAGGCGCGGCUGCGGGAGCUCAGGCAGCAGAACGAGAUCUUAUGGAGGGAGGUGGUGACUCUCCGGCAGAGCCACAGUCAGCAGCACCGGGUCAUUGGCAAGCUGAUCCAGUGCCUCUUUGGGCCACUUCAGGCGGGGUCUGGCAGUGCAGCAGCUAAGAGAAAACUAUCCCUGGUGCUGGAUGAGGGGAGCUCAUGCCCAACACCAGCCAAAUUCAACACCUGCCAUCUACCUGGUGCCCUCCUGCAGGACCCCUACUUCACCCAGUCGCCCCUCCCAGAAACCACACUGGGCCUCAGCAACCCUCACAGGGCCAGAGGCCCUAUUAUAUCUGACAUCAGUGAAGAUUCUCCAUCCCCUGAUGAAGAUUCUCCCUCCAGUGGUGGCAAGAGGGACAAAGGCCUGGCACUGCUCAAGGAAGAGCCAGCCAGCCCAGGGGGGGAAGGCGAGGCCGGGCAGGCCCUGGCCCCAACCGAGUGUGACUUCUGCAUGACAGCCCCCCCUCAACUGCCUGUGGCUGUGGUGCAGGCCAUCCUGGAAGGGAAAGGGAGCUUCAGCCCUGAAGGGCCCAGCAGCGCCCAACAGCCUGAACAAAAGGGUCUUAGGGAAGUACCUGACAGGGGACCUCUGGGCCUGGAGAGGGGGGUCCAGAGCCCAGAGAGUCUGCUGCCUCCGGUGCUGCUUCAGACCUCCCCUGAAAGUGUGGAGCCUACAGGGACACUGGAUGUGCUAAGCCCCAGCCUCCAAGGGCGAGAAUGGUCGCUGAUGGACUUGGACAUGGAGCUGUCCCUGGUAAGAUGGGGGUGGGUUGGACAAACCCUUUGGUCCAUGGCUGUUCUCUCCCAAAGCCCAGCUCUCCUCCUCAGCUCCCGGGGUUCCCCCAUGCAGAUGCAGCCCUUGGUUCCAGAGAGGGGUGAGACUGAGCUGACGAUCAAGGGGUUAAAUUCUCCAGUCUCAGGGAAGGACUCCACUCUUGGAGCACCACUCCUGCUGGAUGUCCAAGCAGCUUUGGGAGGCCCGGCCCUCUGCGUGCCGGGAGCUUUAACCAUUUUCAACGCCCCGGAGAGCCGGGCUUCCUACCUGGGCCCUGGGGCCAAUCUCUCCCCAUGAGACCUGCUCUACUCUGAAGCCAGCCUGGCUGAGGGGGCUGACCUGCAGCAGCACGCCUUUCUCUGCUUUCUGGUGCCCCUUUGCGAAGGCGGAGCAAAAGCCCCUUACGUUUUGCAGCCCCUCUCCAUUACCGAGCCCUGCACAUAAACCGCAUUUUUGUGUG